ACUCCGCCACCCCGAAGUCCCCCAAAGCUGAGGAGGUAGCUAUUGUUUACCUGAGCGUGUGAGACCCGGGGGUGCUACCACGCGACGUAUAUUAAAUCUGAUCUGGAAUAAAUCACAAAUAAAUCUUUGCGCCUCUCUAGGCAAGGUUUUUACUGAUAGACGACACGUUUGUUGGGUAUACAGCGCCGGACUUUGUAAACAUUCGCAAUAUUUCUUUUCAAGACAUUCGCAAUAUUGUGUUUCUUUAAUAGUUAUACAGACGAUUAUUUUGGUGCUUUUUUUACAUUUAAAAAUUAGCUGGAGAUAUUGUGAUUAUUCGAAAGAUAACUUGAUAACUUAAAAAGAAAAAUCAUUUUAGUGCUUCCUUUACGUAUAAAGAUUCGCCGGAAAGAGUGUGAUCAUAUUCAAAAGAGCAUUUUAAAAGAAAAGAUAAUUUACUACACUUCUUGAAAAGUUAGACGUAUUCAAUUGACAUUACAAUGGAUCUCAAGAUAUUGACGCUUGUCUUUGUGAUUGUGGCUCUACUUAGCAACAGUGAGGGGUCUAAAAAAAACAGACGUUCAAAGAGGAACCACGUGACGUGCCGGCCAAACUCUUUGGUCCGCUACCGAGUGACCGUUCACACGUUGUGGUCGAGGACAAUCUUUCCAAACAUGUUUCCUACAUACAGACCUCAUGCCCAGUGGUCAGCCUUAAUUGGUCGGACACAUGGACCUGAUUAUACCCUGUGGGCAGAAGGCCAUAACGCUAGCGCAGGCGUCAAGGCGUUUGCUGAGUUUGGAGACUCUAGCCAGCUGGACCUUGUUUCUACCCAGGGCUUCACGCACGUCCUGGACGCGUUCAUCGCCCCGCCCAUACAACAGAGUGUUGGUCAGACCUCAGCUGUCGUAUUUCUGGACGGGAGACACUCACGAGUCUCUUUCAUAAUGAAGAUCGUUCCAAGUCCAGACUGGUUCAUUGGCGUUAGCUCUGUAGACCUGUGCGCGAACGGCCGCUGGAAGAACCAAGUACGAAUGGACAUGCACCCGAUGGACGGCGGCACUGACCAGGGCUUGACAUUUACUUCCCCCAACUGGCCCAACGUGCCGUUCGAGCCCAUCUCGACCAUCACGUCAUCCUUCCCAGACCACCCGGCUAGUUCAUUCUACUAUCCUGAUCUUCCGGAAUUGCCUCCAAUCGCAUUUGUUACCAUGGAAAUCCUAUCCGAAUAUAGACACAAGCAAAAAUUUUCAGAAGUCAAUCUAAAUGAGACACCAUUCGGAAUCACUCCACAACUAGCUACUUUGACAACUAGGUCACCAAUGACCUCAGGAGCGCAGGAAGUCUCGACUGAGCAGAAGAUGUCGGAAAGAUCGCAUACAUUGGUGACAGAAACACCUUCGACAGUCGCACAGGGGGAAGAGCAGACAAAGACUCUCAGGCUGUUGGACAUUGACGAGCUCAGAAAGCAAGCCUCCAAUCAAGAAUCUCAACCCGCUGAAAAUUUGGCUGCAUCUCAACGUGAAAACAAAGCGCCGAGUCCAGAGUCUAAAGAUGGACAUCUCAAGUCUUCUUCCGAGAGUGACCAAGAAGCAACAACGAGCAGCCUGAAAGUUGACGACGUUGCAGAAGAGAAACAGAGUGUUGUCGGCAUCAUAAACGACCAGCCAAGACCAGAACAAACCAGCCACGAUGAUACGUCACAUCAGCCUGUAGAUGCCACUGCUCCAGCAGACGUGUCGAGCCCGUCAGACCAAACUGAGAAGCACCAGUCUAGUUUUAAAAAUGUUGAGGAUAUCGAGCCUACUGAAUCCCCGCACGAGCCAGAAAGCACAACUCUUCUCUUUGAGCUUAUUCCACAUCUAAACGAUCAAGCCAAGACAAAACUGAGACAGACAAAUAGAGAUGAAGAGAGAAUAGACAAACCUAAGUCUAAGCCUGCCUUGAGGGAACUUUUGAUUGGUCAGCCAAGAACAAGCCAAGCAUCACAAUCCAAUAAAAUAAACAUCCCUCGAAAAGAUGAAAUGAGUUUGAACUAUCCUCAAAACGAUCAGAACCCAAUUGAAGAUGGUCCCGCAGUCGACUGCCUUGUUGACCACUGGUCACCUUGGAAUGCUUGCUCCGUAUCCUGCGGCUUUGGUAAACGAGAGCGAACACGCCAAGUCCUUCAGUUUCCACAGAACGGGGGGUCCUACUGUCCGCUUCUGAGACACAGCGAGACCUGUGGAAGUAUGAGAACCUGCAAGUGGAAUCACUUCUCUUCCAUUUUCAACAGCUCCAACAGGACACGAUCUAACUUGAACAGACUUCAAAGGCGAAAGUGAUACAGAUAAUGGUUGCUAAGUGGUUUAAAUCUUUUUCUUAUUGUCAGAUUUAUAAUGGAUAUGUUUGUAAGUAGAAAAGCAACAUUAAAAAUGAGAAGGCCAUUUAAAUGUUUUUUCAUUCAUAAGGCAUAUGCACUUCAAAUAUUAAUGCGCAGUGUUCCUUUGAAUGGAAGUCAUUUGUUUCUUUUGUUAUGAAAUGAUAGAUGCACCUUAUUAUUCAGUGAAGCAAGAAAUUUAACUAGACCCAUUGUGUAGCCAAUCAGGACAGACAAAUCUGUAUAAAACACUACCAGUAACUACGUAGAUCUAAUGGUAUCAAGUAAUGGCCUUCUAUUCCUUCGAGAUCUUAGCUGAACACAAUCUCGUUACCUGUCUGCAGGGAAAUAAGUUUGAAAUAACUAUAGAAAAACAAUUUUGUUUUGAAGAUCUGCUUAUGAAUAGGUCUGGAGUCAUCUAGCUUAGUUUGCAUAUAAUUUUUUUUUGGCCACUCGUUUUUGCUUUUCUAUUAGCUUCAUGGCCAGUUGCUCUAAUCAGCAAUUUCAGCUUUUUGCUAAAAACACUGUUUCGCCAAUGUGCUGGGUUUCUAAUCUUCCUAGAUUUAGAUUUAUUUUUGUCACGGUAAACUUACUGUCACUUUGACUAAAUUUAUAUCUCUAGAUAAUUGAAUAAUGAGUCUUGAUAGGCUUAUCUAUUAUAUUCUAAAUCAGUGGUUCCCAAACGUUUUCUUUAACGGAACACUUCGCACAUUCUGAGUAUCUAGCGGAACAUUUGGCUUAUUUUGUUUAGAGAGAUUAAUUCUCGUUUUGGCCUACUAGUUAAUUAUUCUGGUAACUCGUUAAACACCUAGUCAAGCCUCGUAGAACUCUAGGGCUCCGCGGAACACAGUUUGGGAAACACUGAUCUAGAUGGUGGUCAUAGGUACAUUUUGUAAGACGGCAAGAUGUGUAUUGCUCGAGCCUGUAAGCCAACAAGUGUUAUAAAUAUUGGAAUGUUUUUGUCUUGGUUACUUCUAUUGCUGUAAAUAUAAGUUGACUUUUUAAAAACUAUUUGUUACUGUUAAGUGAAAUAGACACAAAACAAAUAUUGUGUGCUGAUAAUUUCAUUCGAUUGUGCUUUGAAUUUAAAUUGAUAAGUUUUCUGGGUCCAAGAGGAGAAAUAUAAAUUUAAAUCAAAAAAAAAUAUAUAUCACUUGUAAAGUAUUUUUGACAUGAAAUUAAUGCUUGCAAUCGAAUGUAAAUAAUUGUUUAGUCUCUUGUCAUUACAUUUUUUUUCCCUGUGUGUGAUUGGUGUUUUAGUGAUAGAGCAAGCUUCGCUAUGUCUGUGCGAUACGUGAUAAGCUAAUAAGUAGUCGACCCUUGUUUUACUGAGCUGUAUGGGACCACUGAAAGAAAUAUGUAUUAGGUACAAGCAUGAUACUUAGCACCGUGUAUUAUAUGUGGAUAUUAGUUAAUCAAGCAUGUAGAACCAUGGUUGGUUUCCUGGAAUCUAAUCAGGGCAAGAGUCCAUUGCUUUGGCUUAAGAUUGGAGAACGUAGAGUGUGGUGAAGAAAAUUUAGCGCUCGGAAAAUAAAACGGAAUAAAAAAAUGAUUAUUAACUUAAUUAGCUUUAAGGGGGGGACUAUAAUUUACGUAAACAAGAAUGGCAUUAGCGAGUUUAAGGUAAAGCAAGCUAUUAUUACAAACUUGUACAUAUUUACUUUUAAUUAUUCAUGAAAUGUGGAAAUGAGGACAGAAAACCAACAUAGAGGAAUGUUCGGGUAAUAUUGACCUGCGGCAUAGAGGCAACCACUUAAAAAAAAAAAGAAACUUUACAUAGCAAUCACAACUCUCUUGAAAUUUGAUUUGUAUUUGUAUCUACUUUUCUCGGAUAUAAUAAUAAUGAUAAUUUAAUGUAUAAGUUUAUAAAGCGCUGUUAACAAACAUAAUUAGUAUUUAUAACUAGAGACAGAUUUAAUUUCUACCCAGUUAAAGGCCUUCGUGAUACACAUGAAUGGUUUACCUGAACUGAUCACUGUCAUAGCACAUGUUUGAGAGUUGGCCAGAAAAGAAAUGGAAAUGUUUUUCUCUCCAACUAUUUUGCUUUGAGGUUAUCUUUGCGCUUUAAAAAAAAAAGCGUAUAUUUAAUCUGUCAUUGCAAUUUGACUAAGUCACUAACGUAUUAUUUCUUUUUUUUUUAAAUUGUAAUUAAACAAAAAUGUGGUUCUCUAAGUUCUAAAUUACUUGUAUGUACCUUUAAAAAGCUAAUUUUAAUUUAUUUUUAUUGAAAAAAAAUGUGUAUUGGUGUAAAUUUUUUGAUCAUGUAUAUUUAUUUUGAAGCAUAUAUAUUUGUAUACAUUUAGUAAGAGUGUGGGUGCUCACGCUGCGGCUCUAGCCAACCCGUGGGGUGACCGUUAGUUAGAAAAGUGUAUCUCAGCUUAUAAUUGUAGCUCUGCUUAUAAUUGUAACUCUGCUGUUAAAUGUAGCUUUAGAUCAAGAUUCUGUGAUUGCUUAAUCUCUUCUCCUGAAGUUAACUAAAGUCUCACACUGUUGCAUUGAAAUCAGUGUCCUAGAGAGCCUGGACCAUAAUUGCUCGAGUUGGGCGUGAAGAGAACGCAAGGAAAGCGAUACAUUAAAGGGAAAGAAUUCCUUUAAAUUUCUUAUGAUUACAUUUUGUUAUACACACCUACAAAUAAAAAGUAAAAAAAAAAGGAAAACAAUAAAAAAAACUGUAAGAUAAACUUAUAUUAGAAACUUAGGCAUCAAACAAGCUUUAUGAACAAAUACGAUUUAUAAUCAAUUCAAAUUAGUAUCUUAUGAUUUCGUGUUGAUUUCGAAUGUUAUAAAAAAAACGAUUUUGUGAACUAGUGGGAUGUUACAUGUAAAAAUUUACCAGUGCAAUAACUAGACUGUGAAACCGACUAAGUGGUAACAAAAAUUAAUGGUUUGUUCAUACCUGUAAAGUUUAAAAAGUGAUUGAUAGAGAUUUAGAUAACCCUAUGCUGGACAGAGACAUUUGUUGUUCAAUCCUGUUCGAAAGGGCUUUGACUAUUUCAGAGUAUGCCCAGUGCAGAAUUCACCCUAAUUCCAUCACCCUCUCUACCGAGCUUUGUGGGUGAUGGAAAAUGGACCGUAGACUAAACUCCACUUUGAAGAAGCAUCUCCAAACUUUUCUAGGCAGUACUUGAAGUACUUUAAUAAGAAAGAUGUGUGGGUUAAUUGAUUAUUUUAUUUAUUUCAUAGUUUAUAAUUUAUGGACACACGAUUUUGCCGAUUAUUACAUUGGUUCUCGCUGGUUUAACAAUUACAUGGGAGUAAUGAUUCACACACACAAAAAAAUAUGAUUUGUGUGGAAAUAAUAGGAUUAAUAGGACUACACAUUUUUGAAUGGUAGAAAUCACCAAUGUUAGGAAGUAAAAAUCUGAUUCAGAGAAAUAUGUUGGCGUUUCAAAAUGUAAAGACUGUUAUAUGAACUUUUUAAACUGUUUUUUUUUUCUUUUUUGUACAUAAGUUUUUUUGUUUUAAGCUAUACCUUAUUUCGUGCAUACACUAUCCUAAUGUUUGCGAUUGUUGUUGAAUAAUAAGAACAAAAUAAAGUAUUGAAUGUUUAAAACUUUAUAAA